GCACUCAGCCGCUGUGCUCUCCUCUCGGCUGAGUGGAAACAUCAUGUGUCUGUGGGACGCCCAGAGGAACAGCCCUGUUUCUCCAGACUGAGACCAGAACAAGCAGUCAAAGACGGACCGAGGAGGAAGAAGGUGCAACAUGGACUCGAGGAGAAGCUCGGAGUAGACUGUCGAGAAAGAAAACCCGAAAGAAGCAAGUUUCGAGGAUAGUUUUGGUCUCAACACCUCAGACCUGGCUAUGCCAUGCUGGCCCAGAGGAACGGGCUACCUCCAGGCUGUAAGCCGGUUCCUCUGAAGGAUCACCCAGACCUGCGAGACGUGGACGUGAACGCCGAAGGCUGCUGCUCCCUCACUUCACCUUCCCCGUCCUCCGGAGGUUGUCCCUGGGCUCGGCUCGCCGGCGUGGACGGCUGCCUAUCGGAGCCGUACUGUCUUUGGUUCCAGCUUUUGGCCAGAGCGUACUGGGGAGAGGUGGAACUGGGGCUCACCAGCCCAAACCGCAGCGUGUCCUGGGCUCGGCUUAGGGAAGCCUCCAGGAAGAACUGUGUGCGAUCUCGGGCCAAGCAGAAGGAUGGGCGCGAUCAGAGCGACACAUCGGCCGCGGCUUCUCCCGGCGCAGAGGAGGAGCCUUUUUCCUGGCCGGGGCCCAAGACGCUUCACCUGCGCCGAACGUCCCAGGGCUUCGGCUUCACGCUGCGACAUUUCAUCGUCUACCCGCCCGAGUCUGCCGUCCACAACUCUCUGAAGGAUGAAGAGAACGGCAGCCGAGGGAGACAGAGGAACCGUCUGGAGCCAAUGGACACCAUUUUCGUCAAGCAAGUGAAGGAGGGAGGCCCCGCCCACGGAGCUGGACUCUGCACAGGGGACCGGAUAGUGAAGGUGAACGGAGAGAGCAUCAUCGGGAAGACGUACUCGCAAGUCAUAGCCCUGAUCCAGAACAGCGAUGCUUCACUGGAGCUCUGCGUGAUGCCAAAGGAUGAGGACAUUUUGCAGCUGUUUUCAAGGGAUAUCACAGCUCUGGCGUAUUCCCAGGAUGCAUACCUCAAAGGAAAUGAGGCGUACAGUGGAAAUGCUCAGAACAUCCCGGAGCCCCCUCCCAUCUGCUACCCUCGGAUAGAGGUUAAGGCUGCUGGCGUGGCUCAGACACCGGAGCCCGCCGCAGUCAGCGAGACCCCCCGAGGGCCCGUUCAGGGACCGGGACGGCGAGGAGGGGCCAUGGAAAACAGCUACCGGGUGGAAAUCCCCGUCCCGCCGUCUCCUCCGUCGUCGAAGGCUCAGGCGGUGGUGUGCGUCUGUAACGAGAAUGUCAGGACGGUGGCCAUGCCUCUUGAUCCGGUUGACAGGGGGUCCCGGGUGGCUCGGGCUGGACCCAGCCACAGGACAGAGGAAAACCGGUUCAGUCCGUCAGCAGAUUCUGGCUCAGGCCGACCCAGACCUCUUAUCCCCUCAGUACCUGGGGGUGCACAGUUGCAGUACCCCUCUCCAUCCCGCUCCACAGAAACCCCAGUUUACUCCCCUUCCUCGACUUCUAGACCCAGCGCCAUCUAUCCCGACACGUUAUCUCCACCUGUACGGGCGCCUAUCACCCCCGCCUCACCGGACACGUUCUCCACUGCCAUCUCACCCAGCAGCAACCACUACUCGCCCUCUCCCACAGCCCCCUCCACCUCCCCGCACCAGAACAUUGACUGGAAGAACUACACCACCUACAAGGACUACAUAGACGCCAAGAGGCUGCACACGUACGGCUGCCGCACAAUCCAGGAGCGCCUGGACAGCUUGCGUGCGGCUGCCAGUUCCAGCUCCACCUACGCCCAGCAACGCACGCCGCCUCCACCCAGCACCAGUCAAAGAGCGGCACUGGGCUCGCAGAUCAGACGGAGAAGCACCUCCAAUGACCGCGGGGUGGAUGCAGGUAGCCAGGGUACUGCAGCGACUCCGUUACGUAGCGCCUCCCAAGAGAGGCUCGGAGGUGGAACGGAGAGGACAGUACCAGUAAGGAAUUGGCCUCGGAGUGCUUCCGAGGACGCUCUACCUUUUUCCACCCCAACGGGCGUCACCAAACCCAGGGCGCGGUCUUGUGACUACCUGGGGCAGCAGCCCGGAGAGCCGAGCGGGGCUGUCUUUGGAGACAGGGCCGGGUUGGACGACAGGCUGCUGCUGUGCCGGGGAGAGGAAGCCAGAGCGAGUAGGCAGGGCGCAGGUUCGAGAGCUUUACCUCAUCUGAACAGGAGUCUCACUGGACAGGAGGAAGAAGGGCGAGGGAGUGGAUUAUCUAACUCGCCUUUGGCUGCCCCCGUGUUUACUAAAGGUACGAUGGAUUCUGCACUAACACCGAGGACAGACGGCGUCAUCAUGAGGCCGUCACGUCUGCCUGUCAAAAACUCCAUCUCAGACUCUCCACCCGCCUUAUCCUCCACUAAAACCACAGACCCUCUUAAAGACCAAAGAGCUAACAUCAUGAGCAACCACCUGGGCUACCCGUCCCCUCUACACCUGCAGCUCAGAGGCAGGGCCGACAGUCUGAAAAUGGAGAGCAGGUCUGAGUCUGGGUUGGCAGCCCGGUCCUCCUCUUGCUCCGGUCCCUCCUCUAAACUGCAGAUGCAGAGACAACUACCAAGUGUAGUUGUUGCCUCCUCUUCUGCUCCCUCCGCCACUAACGGAGCCGUCACCCAAAAGCCAAAAGCCAAUGCCCCCGCACGGACUAACGGCGGCCUCGCAGAGGGCGUAGAAGGACCGGACGCAACAGUUGUUGUUCUAAGAAGGGACAAGAACUCUGGUCCUGCCCACAUUCGGCCUCCAUCCUAUGUGUUGGCUGUUAAUGAGAACCGGAGUGGAGUGACUCAUAAGUCACCACCGCUGGUGAAGGCAGGCUCUGCGGAUGGAGCUAUGUGCUGGACGUCUAAUGACAGCUGCAGGGAGAUGCAUCUACGAAGGCUUGGAGAUACACGACAGAAGUCUGGCUCCAACAACCUGGAUGACUCCCUGGAUUCGAUCCCCUUCAUCGAUGAACCAUCUAGUCCCAGCACCGACCAGGACAGCGAGCACAUUCCCGCCUCUGCCGUGAUAUCCGGAGCUCCCAUCAUCAUCACCACCAUCCCGCCGAGCCCCACUUCUCCAUCCACUCUCAUCCGACGCCAGCUGUCACACGACCAAGAUUCUCUCCGUCUCACAAUUAUUGAGUCAGAUUCUGGUACGAAAACAGAGCGAUCCAAGUCGUACGAUGAAGGCCUGGAUAACUACCGGGAAGAAAGCAGAGGGAGGUCUUUAAUACCUGGUUUGAAAAGUCUGAGGAAGGCUGUGGACAGGUCGUCUGAAGAUUCGGGGUCCAGGAGGGAUUCUUCAUCGGAUGUCUUCUGCGACGCCACCAAGGAGGGUUUGCUGCAUUUCAAGCAGCUGAACACAGAUAAGGGCAAGCGGGUCGGAGGCGGUAUGCGCCCGUGGAAACAGAUGUACGCCGUUUUGAGAGGCCACUACCUCUGCCUGUACAAAGACAAAAAGGAAGGGCACGCUCACGCCAACUGCCAAGCGGUGGACGAGCCUGUGCCGAUCAGCAUCAAGGCGUGUCUGAUCGACAUCUCGUACAGCGACACCAAACGCAAGAAUGUGCUGCGGCUCACCACGUCGGACUGCGAGUACCUGUUCCAGGCCGAGGACCGAGAGGACAUGCUGGCCUGGAUCCGAGUCAUACAGGAGAACAGCAACCUGGAUGAGGAGAACGCGGCGUUCACCAGCCAUGACCUCAUCAGCAGGAAGAUCAAGGAGUACAACACCUUGAUGAGCCCGACAGGCAGCAAGACGGAGCCGUCGCCCAAACCUUCGCGCCAGUCGCUGAGCAUCAGACAUACGCUGCUGGGAGGGAAAGGAGAGACCAAAGCAACAAGUCCACACUCACCCAAACCUGAGCAGGAGAGGAAGAACAUGCACAAAGAUGACACCAGCCCUCCCAAGGAUAAAGGGACGUGGAGGAAGGGAAUCCCGGGGCUGAUGAGGAAACCGUUCGAGAAGAAGCCGUCGCCUGGAGUCACGUUUGGAGUGAGGCUGGACGACUGUCCUCCUGCACAGAACAACAAGUUUGUGCCUCUCAUCGUGGAGGUCUGCUGUAAGCUGGUGGAGGAGAGAGGGCUGGAGUACACGGGCAUCUACAGAGUCCCGGGAAACAACGCCGCCAUCUCCAACAUGCAGGAGGAGCUCAAUAACAAGGGCAUGAACGAUAUCGACAUCCAGGACGAUAAAUGGAGAGACCUCAACGUGAUCAGCAGUUUGCUCAAGUCCUUCUUCCGUAAGCUUCCAGAGCCGCUGUUCACCAACGAUAAGUACGCAGAUUUCAUAGAAGCCAACAGAACAGAGGACCCAGUGGAGAGACUCAAAGUGAUCAAGAGGCUGCUUCACGAGUUGCCGGAUCAUCAUUACGAGACUCUCAAGUUCCUCUCGGCUCAUCUCAAAACUGUGGCUGAAAACUCCGAGAAGAAUAAGAUGGAACCAAGGAACCUGGCCAUCGUGUUUGGUCCGACUCUGGUGCGUACCACCGAGGACAACAUGACCCACAUGGUGACACACAUGCCCGACCAGUACAGGAUAGUGGAGACCCUCAUUCAAAAUUAUGACUGGUUUUUCACUGAAGAGGGAAACGGAGAUCCAGUGGCUGUGUCCCAGGAGGAGAGCGCCGUGGAGUCCCAGCCCGUCCCCAACAUCGACCACCUGCUCACCAACAUCGGCCGCACGGGCACGUCGCAGGGUGAAGUAUCAGAUUCACCGACUAGUGACUCAGCUAAAUCAAAGGGUUCCUGGGGCUCAGGGAAGGACCAGUGCAGCAGAGAGCUGCUGGUCUCCUCCAUCUUUGCUGCAGCCAGUCGCAAAAGAAAGAAGUCAAAGGAGAAGCCGCAGCCUAGCAGCUCAGAUGAUGAUCUGGACGCCGUGUUCCCCAAGAAGGAAAUCUCUGGCCAGAAGCCGAACCACCACGGCCUCCAGACUGAAGUGCAGAGCGAGACUCGUCCUAGCCCCAACGCCAAACCCAACGCAAAGCAACCAGUACGACCGGAGGAGAGGAAAGAGAACGGGAGAACUGUGGAGCUCACACCUAAAGUCAAGAGGGAGCAUAGGAACUCCUUAUUCCUGAAGGAGAAGACUCCACCCAGGCACCCCUCGCCUUCCCCCUCCCCAUCCCCGAUUAUGUCCAGCUACCAAACAGCUCCUCGGGGGAAGUCCUCCCUGUCAGAUCCUCCAUCCCAGCUUGAUGAGAACACCUCAGACCUCGGGACGAUGAGCUCCGGAGCGUCAGUGCCACGGUCCCGACCGAAAAAGUGGACCGCGGGAACGACCAUCGAUCUUCCCGCGGGAGUAAACGUCGGGCUGGGCGCAGGUCCAGGGGCGUCAGCCGGCGCAGAGGUGAGCUCCAUCACCUCAGACUACUCCACCACUUCGUCCAUCACAUUCUUGACCGGAGCGGAAUCCAGCGCGCUCAGCCCGGAGCUGCAGGGCGGCGAGGAGGCCGAUGACGAACGCAGCGAGCUCAUUAGCGAGGGACGACCGAUGGAGACGGACAGCGAAAGUGACUUCCCGGUUUUUGCACCAGGCGGUGGAAGCAGCCAGUCUACGCCCUGCCCAGAGCAGAGUCUGGAAAAGAGCGAACCAAGAGGAGGUGGAGCAGCUGAGGGGAGCAACACACCAAAACUGGAAGCAAGGCGCCUUUUCCCAUCACACAAGAUGAUCGAGUGCGACACCCUGUCCAGGCGGUGGUCCCUAAGACAGAAAACGGACAGCGAGUCAUCGGUGGAGGGUGUAGCCGGGAGUGGGGAGCGCAGUGAGGGUAGGGCGGAGUCUUCCUCGCGUCUCUCUCGAGUCCUGGAGGUGAUGAAGAAAGGGAGGUCGACAAGCAGCCUCAGCUCAUCCUCACGCAGCGAGUCGGAGCGUCCUGAACCAGCCUGGCACCUUAAGAUCACCGAGAGGCUCAAAUUCAGGUUACGCACAUCCGCCGAUGACAUGUUCACCCAGAAGAACCGAACUCCAGAGGCCCGGGGGAAGAAGAAGAACAUCCGCCGCAGGCACACCAUGGGCGGGCAGAGAGACUUCGCAGAGCUGGCGGUCAUCAACGACUGGAGGGAGCAGGGUGGCGUGGACCAGGCGGCCGAUCUGUCAGCUCUGGACCGCCUCAAACCCAGAUGCUCCUCUCAGGACUUCUCCAUCCGGGACUGGAUCACCAGAGAGCAGUGCAGAGGCUCCGACUCGAGCGUUGAGGUCGCGCCCAAAGCCGUACCCGAGGACGAUCCUCCAGACGCCCCGGAGGUAGCUCCGGAAAGACCUCCGCCUUCUGCGUCACCAGGCGCGCAGCCGCUAUCGGGGGAGCACGUCAACGGUAGCGGGCUGCAAGGCAAAAACAAAGCCAGCCUCGGCGCCGACGCUCACCCACACAAACUGUCCGGAGCACAAGUCGUCCGCUCACGGUUCUACCAGUAUCUGUGAACCGUGUUCGUACGGACACGAGUGAAUGCGUAAAUGUACGAAUGUGUGUAUUUCAGCUUCCACGGUGACUGCACAAUAUUUUUUCUACAAAGUAUACUUUAUGUAUCUACUGUACAUACUGUAAAUAGGCCUAACGUGAUUGUUACUGGAAUAAUGCUGAAGAGAUGUUUAUGUGUGUAAUUCCACUGACUUUGUUGGUCAAACUGGAACCGUCCCGCAACUUCCUCCCGCCCUAACGCGAGAAUGUGACCUUGCUGUCGACGUGUGAUGUUUUUCGAAGGACGGACGUGGACUCUGGAUUGUUACGCAGCACUAAAAAGGGUCAACUUAUUACUGAAGAAUGCAGGAGGAAGCCUUUUUUUUAAAGGAAUCACGGCUCAGUUCUUCCUAUUAUAAGCGGUAUGAAGAAUGUAUUACUCUCUUUGGACUAACACUAGAUGCUUCUGACAAUAUUGUCAUUUUCAAAACAACAUGUACGUGUUUUUUUUUUGUCUGUACUUGAAGUAUGUGGAUGUAACCGAAGGCUGCUUUCUGCGCUGGGUGCUGUGGGAAGUUUGUUUUUUCACAGCACAGUCACACAACAGCCAGAUAUUAGCUCGAAGGACCGGAGGAUUAUUAUAGGUUUAUCAAAUAAAGACUGAAGAAAAAUCAGUAAUGAAGUGCUGAUACUAUAGUAUGUAAUGCUUGGUACAGUAGUUUUUUUUGUUUUUUUUAUUUCCAAACUGUGUCCAGUUAUAGCCCAAAAGUUUGUACAUAUGUGCGAAUUGUUUUUAUCUCAAGAAAAAGUGCCUCUUUUCUUUUUUUUUCCUCUCUUUUAUUUAAACUGUUGUUACCGACAGUUGUCAAGAUUAGAAUGAAAUUUUUCAAAAACCAUUUUUAGGAGACAAAAAAAAACCUCACAGGCAUUCCAGAGAUUUCUUUUUUUGUUUUGUUUCGUGGUCUUUCCUGUCUGUUGUUUUAGUUAAACUCACAGCGACAUCAGAGCGUUCAGAUUUAUGUCCGUGUCCAUGUUUUAUUAUAGUUUUAUAUAUAAUAACCCCCCUCCCCUCUCUGUAUUUUUCGAGUGCAUGGGCGCUUAAAACCUGGGAGAAAAACAACAAACUUAUCUUUGAAAAAGUGCAUGAGACAAUGUUUUCUAAAACAUCUCGCCUGUGUGCAGAAAAAAAAAACAUGGGUGCGACGCCCUCCCUCAACAAACACUGGAAAUAAAUCAUCUUUAUUAGAUC